AUGGGGAGCAUCCGGAAGCGCCGUCGCUUUUUUCACGUCACUGUGGGGGUGAAGAAGAAAUACGUGGAGUCGGGGACCUCUGGGCUGUUAUUCACGUGCAGCGGCAAUGAGAAGCAGGCAGUGCGUGAAGCAUACAAUGUCAUUGAACAAACGAUGGAGCGGUGGCGCCCGGCUGCUGAGAGAGAUGACCAAAAGAGGGCCGAUCGGGAGCAGGGUGACGUGGCCGAUUCGAUCCAGCAUUUCUCUGAUCAAAGUUGGUUCUUCCCUUCUUUAUUUGGCUGCUUUCACGAGGCUUCUGCUGGCAGCCGGCAACGCGAGCGGUGCUGUCGGCUGCUGCAGCGUGUGUGGCCUGUGGAGAGCACCUGUCGGAUGGAUCUGCUCGAGCUGGAUCGGGAAAUUAGCCGAAUGAUCAGCCGUAAUUUUCACGGCGACGGGGCCGGCAAAUGGCCCACUUAUUCGUUCGAAUUCAAAGCGCGAAAUAAUGACAGCCUGAGAAGAAGCGAUGCUAUGGAUAUGGUGGCUCUUGCUAUGGAUCAGUUGGCGCCGGCAGUUCGCGUCUCGCUGGACAAUCCUGAAAUUACUGUGGUGGUGCAGGUUAUCCACAAAUCGGUCAUGUUGUCGUGCAUCCAACAGUUUUUCCAACGGAGGAAGCUCAGUUUGCACAGUAAGGACUAG